UUUGUUCUUUGCCGUUCUCCGUGUUGAGAAUGUCAAACUAGUUGGAGAGUUUCCUAAUCAAAACUAUUUAUUCUUGAUAUAAACCACGAAAGUGACCUGACGGCACAAUCAGAGUUUGGAUAGUGUCGUGGAACGUAUAAACUAUUAAAAUUAAAAUUAUAAGAUAAUCAUUGAGAUAUAGUAUAGUGUUUGCGCUUGAAAUUUGGCACAUAUUCAGUAAAAUAUAUUUUAUACAGUGACUCAAUUUAAGAAUUUUUGGAUAUCAUUUCACGUUGUGCUCGAUAUAAAUAUUAGAAAGGAUUACAAGCCUCUGUUCUACAAGAUAAACGAUGGAUGACGUAAAUAUCAACAAAAUAUGUCUCGAUAUAGAAGAGGUAGAGUUGGAUGGAGAUGAGGCAGAGUGGAUCAAAUUAAGCUGGACCGGUAAUCAAAGUGAUAAUGAUGGAAAUUCUCAGUCAGCAGAGACACAGAGGGAUUCAGAUAACGAGACAGCACAUACAAAGGAUUGUGACGGUAAAGAAUUUACAAAUGCAGAAUCAGAAGAUGUAUCUGAUGGUAUAUCGGUCAUAACGGAGAGCGAUACAGAUGCUGUCAAUACAAAUCUGUUGCAAAUUUGUCAAUUUGAGCCACAUCAUCAAAAGCCACACAAGCCUCUGCACAUACCAGAAAUGCAAAUGGCUAUAUGGGACAUUUUUCUUAUCCUAUUUGGUAUAGGUAUCGGCUUGAUUCUUAGUUACAUUUUCAUGUUUUCCAACAUUUAUUCAGUCUCAAAUGGAGUUGAUGCUGAAAGUCUCAAGGCUGCAAGUCAUAACAUUGUUAAUACUUGCAAGGAACUGACAGAUGUGAAAACUAUGCUGAAUGAAAUUAAAGCACAUAUUCCAGCUGAUAAGAACAUUACAAGGCAAUUUUUAGCGCAAUUUCUCGAAAUUACAGAUUUUUCUAAUAAAACAAGCAGUAAGCCUAUAAUAAUUACCAAGGAAUUUUUCAAUUCCACUUCACAUCCGUUAGACCAACUUCAGAUGUCUUUGCAUGUAUUGUCAUCAUUGGCAUUUAUUUACGAUGACAAUAGUCCUUUGAAAAAUGAAAUAAAUAAAACACUGGAUAUUCUAAACAAUACAAAAAUGUUUUAUGAUACAUUAGCGUUAUUCACUAAGAACACACAAGAUAUAUUUGAACCUAUUGUCCUGAAUUUCUUGCAACACAACAGUGACAACAUGCACAUUGCUUCUAAGUCCCUUCUUUCUAACUUAGCAGAAAAAGUGAGCAAGAUAACAUUAAAAGUAUAUAAUAAAUAUACCAAAGAGAGACACAAAUUAAAUAAAAAAUUAUGUCACUUGAAAAGUAUACUACCUGAUGAUAAACUCUUAAAACGAUUGACCGAGAAUAAUCAGCUGUUUAAAGAUUAUGAUAAGUCUUGUUUCUCAAACUAUACGUCAAAAAAUUUGGAUGGUGGGUCGACUACUAAAGGAAAUACAAAGACAAAGAGUGUAAAGGAGCAGAAAAAUGAGGGCACUGAUGAUGAAGUGCACACAAAGUAUGAUAAAAAGAAUACUGAUCAAAUUCGUGAUAACAAAGAAAAUCUUUCAAAAGAUAAAAUAAAUAAGAGGCGAAACAUAGACAAAUAUACUACUAUGAAGGUGUUGCGAAAUACUGGCCAUAAGAUACAUAAUGCUUCUGAGUUACUUUUUUCUGUGGUAACAGAAAGUGUAAACAAAUUAAGACGCGAAUUGAGCAAGACACUACCCCAUUUGAAAAAUAUACUACCUAAUAAUAGUGAAUUCUUAAAGCAACUGAUUGAAGGUGAUGAAGAGGACAAUAAAGAGCCCAUUAAGCGUCACGAAGGGAAAAACGAUUAUUUACAAUCAAACAUAAUACCAAAAAAUAAUUAUGAUAAUAUUUUAAUACCACCGAAAAAUACAUGUCCACUUUCAACUAAUUAUUGUCCAAAGUUCAAUAUUAACGUAAGCACAUUUGACACCGUACCAAAUCACAAGACAAAGAAUUAUAAGCACAAAAAACAUGUAGAUAACAAAAAAACUACAAUAAAUCAUGAAAAUUCUGCAAAAAUUUUACCUACAGAAGGAAAAAGUGGGCCAAAGAAAAAAGAUUAUUUUAAAUCUAACGAUUCCAAAAAGGCGAUUAGUAAUAAAAUAAAUUAUGAAAGAAAGAAUAUAUCCUCUGAGAACAAAAUGAAGGACCAUGUAUCAGAGCAUACUGUUAACUAUCAUAAAUCUGAACACUCUUUGUUUGAUAGUCGUCCAAUGAAACAAGACAAUCAGCGUUAUAUAAAUACAGACGGAAGGAGCGACAGCAAAAGUUCUUAUGAGUAUAAGAAGCGACGACAACGUGACGAUUCAGAUUGGUAUUUUCGAAGAGUUCAUUCUCGUAGAAAUGCACGAAGACAUGCGGAACAUAUGUAUCAGCAAAAUGCCAAAUGGUUUUGGAAAAAUCAUCGAUAAUUUAUAAAUUAUUGGUGUAUGCAGUGAUGUAUGAAAUAUUUUUGCACACAAAUUCUUGUAUGUUAAAAUAUCUCGUAUAACACAUUUAUACUUAACACGUAUUCCUGGAUGUUUCUUAAAUAUCCAAAUAAUCUGCAAUAUCCAGGCAUCGAAAUAUUUAUUAAUACAAACAUUUUUGUUGUUACAUGAAAAUAUUUACAAUUGAAAAAGAAAUCCUAACAUGAACGUAUGAAUAUCUGGACAGAGCCUGAAUGAGCGGAAAUGAAGCCAGAGGCGUAGGACAAAAGUUAAUUGACCAUAUAACGACAAUGACCAGUACAUAAAUGGAUAUAAUAAUGCCUCGUGUCCACAGGACGCGAAAUCAUUUGCUGCGCGGUGGAAGUUGACGCGGUAGCUAAUCAAAGUUGGAUAGAGUUUAUCUUCUUUUGCACGGCAGAAGACACAAUUGUUCUCAUAUAAAUUUCCAGGGGCUCUAUUCUUGAAAACAUGCGAAUAAUUUUUGUAUAUGAAAGUGGCAGAAUAGCCAAUGGAAUUAUUCAAUGAUAUUCUCCCAUUGGUUAUUUUGCCAUUUUCGUAUACAAAAAUUAAUCGCAUGUUUUCAAGAAGGGCUCCAGUUCGCUACGACAGAGUUUUUUUUUACGUGAGGGAAAUGCAUUACACAUUUUAAUUUGAACUAUCAGUCCAAUAAGUUACUUUCUCAGUGAAAAAGAAAACACCACUUUGAUUUUUUUUAAAUAUAUUCUCGAGAUACCAAUGAAAGCAUCCUAUUAAGAGUCCAUUUUUCUUGCCUAAAAAUUUAUUUUAUGCUCCGUUCAAAUAUUCAUACAUUCGUAAAUCCUAGAUUUAAAAAAUUAGGAUUUCUAGAAAUUAUAGAUAUUGUGCUUCAAGAAAGAAAAAAAAAUUAUAAAAGAAAUACGUCAGAAAAACAAAAAUAGAAUAAAGUGUGUGAUGCAUUUUAUACACUAUAUUACAUUUACUUGUAAUUUCUAAAUUUUUUAUUUAUAAAAAAUUAUAUUCACUUAUAUAUCUUUUUUAAUAUGCUAUGUAUGACAUCACGUACAUUUACGUGUAUUACAUGUAAUUUUAUAGAAAAAAAAUAAGAAUUUAAUAAUAUUUGAAAUUUUGACGUAUGGGUAUUCAAGAACAUUGGAGAUUUAUAGGGAUCAUCUGUAAAUAGAGUAUCAGUAUGUAUAUACGCAAUAUUAGAAUUUUUGCUGCAAUGUGAUAUGAAAUUUGUUGCGUCUGCUAUUAAUGAAUCUCAGUACAAUGUUAGUAAAUAUUAAGCCCUGAUCUGCAUAAAUAUAAUAAGCCUUUAAACUUUUGCUCUGAACUUUGAAUUAUGAUAUAUUUGGGGAGAGGGGGCAAAAAACGUUUUUGGUGCUUUCCUAAAUCUCUCGUAAUGCUUAAUUUGAAAGAUUUAAUCAAACUGACCAGAUCUCAACUGCAAAGUUUAGAAUAAAUUAAUGUCAGAGCAAAAGAUUAAAAGCUUUUUACAAGCACCUCCAGGUCAGGAUUUUUAAAAAACGACGUGUAGAUAAGAUCCGAGCUUUGUUUCGUGAAAUACGUAUAAUUUGCAUAUAUCAAAAAGUUACAUGUCAUGACAAUGAUGCUGUGAUUGUACCAAGUUGUCGACGAGAGAAUAGCUUUCACAAACCGAGAGAUCUCGUCUAUUAAUUUAAUAGUAUUACCCUAAGCUGAGUCGCAUCCGUGACAAUUAGUCGCUCCUGUGUGUAAUAACUCUUUCCCUUUUUUGCGUAGAAGAAUACAGUAUGUGUAGAUACGUAAAAAUAUAAAAAA